UCGUCACCGUACACUGUAUGCACACCGAACUAGUCGGACGUCAAUAGUUUGCCGACACAUUAUUUUUACUUGCCUCGAAAUUGAGUGGUCGCGUUUUUUAUUUGCGUGUCGGUAAAAAGAAUAAAACAAUUACCGUCGCCCGACCGUUUGUGAUCUCCGUUUUUCUGGAACGUCGUACGAGUUUUCCGAAAGGGGAGUGAAGUUAUCUUCCAACUAUUAAUACUGAUGAUGUGACAGAGUGUGCAAAAUUCGAAUCUGAACUUGUCAAAUGUCCAAUUAAAGCUCCGCGAGAGAAGAUUAUCACAUAGUUGCUUUGUUCUACAUCGUUAACAACGGGCUCGUUCGAAACAUUAUCUAUACUAUGUUUGGUAAUCUUUGACCGAUAGUUGUGGUUUACUUUGAAAUUAUAGCGUCACAAGAAGAAUUCGACCCGACGACAGGCUGCAGAGAAUACAGAAUUGACAUGACUUUCAGGUGCGUGCCGGCAUUUCAGCCACUGUCGUCCGGCACCGAUUGCGCCGCACCUUGGGAUCGGCUAGCCGGACAUGGUGCAGUCACGUCGAUCGGCGGAGGCGGUGGUGGUGGUAGCGGAGGAGGAAACGGAGGGGGUGGUGGUGGAAGCGGUGGAGGGUCGUCACCGUUCAGCCCUCACCAUCAUCACCACCAUCACCAUCACCGGAACACGACGCCCACCAACACUGGAUCCAACAUGGGACAUCAUCAGGAUUUCCAACCACCGUACUUUCCACCACCGUUCCCACCAUCACAUCACCACCAUCAGCCGUCCACUGGUAACGCGACAUCACCAUCAGCAAUGGACUACAUUAACGACCCGUACUCCCAAACGCUCAACAGUCUUCACCAGAGCGCCCAGGCAGCCGCGGCCGCACAUCAUUACAACCAGCUGACCGUAGCUGCUGUGUCUGUCGGUCAACGGCAUGAUGCCCUGAGGCGGUCCGAUUCCGAUUCCAUACACGUGGGCAACAUGCAUCCUACCUUCCCGUACGAAAGCAGCAGGUCCCGUGGUGGUGAUUACGGUUCCGGAGUUGGUGGAGUCCGUGGCCGAGGAGACGUUUUGGUACAGUCACACCCCGGCCUAGAGGAUUCGCUGGUCCUACAUAACGCUUUGUCCAGCGUGGUCGAAGAAGCUCAGGAACACAACGUGGACGAUAGCAGUUCGUUUAUGAGCGACUUGCCGUUAUUGAAACGUAUGUCCACCACCCCUUCAGACGUGUUCUGCAGUGUUCCCGGCCGACUAUCGUUGCUCAGCUCUACUUCCAAGUACAAAGUGACUGUCGGCGAAGUACAGCGCAGACUGUCGCCACCCGAAUGUCUAAACGCCUCUCUGUUGGGCGGCGUGCUCAGAAGGGCGAAAUCCAAAAACGGCGGUCGACUGUUACGUGAAAAACUAGAGAAGAUCGGCCUAAACUUGCCGGCGGGCCGCAGAAAGGCUGCUAACGUGACGUUACUGACAUCCCUCGUCGAAGGCGAAGCCAUUCAUUUGGCCCGUGACUUUGGAUACGUUUGCGAGACGGAAUUUCCGGCUAGACAAGUGGCCGAAUACCUGAGCAGACCGCAUACCAGCGACCCGACCGAGUCGUACAGGAGAAAAGAGCUUAUACACGCCACAAAACAAGUGACCAAAGAGCUGAUGGAUCUGUUGAACCAAGACCGUUCACCGCUGUGCAACACCAGGCCCCAGCACAUCUUGGACCCGAUCAUCCAGCGCCCGCUGACGCACUUUUCGCUCAUAUCGCACGGAUUCGGUAGCCCAGCCAUAGUGGCCGCCCUUACUGCCAUACAGAAUUUCCUGUCGGAGUCGUUAAAACAUCUAGACAAAGUCUAUCCGUCCGGCAACAGCUUGUCGUCGCAGCAAAAUAAUAUGCAAGAUCAAAAGCCAAAAGACCUAGUAGGGUUGGAGUUGAAAAAAUGAGCCUGGUCUAGGCGGGCCCAUGAACCUGCCGCCGGCAACGAACACAGUGCUCAGCGUUCGUCGCCGUACGCCUGUCAGUAACGGUCAUGGCCGUCACCGAUUGGCUCUUCGCCGCUACACACUUUAGCUGUAUUAUCUCAUCGACACGGACAGCGUUACUGUAAUUAUCAUAUUACAAAUUGUUUGGUUCUUACUUAGUGUUUUUACACUGUCGUUUUCGAUGACAACUUAUUUUAUUGUUUAAAUGGUACACGUAUCAUUCUGUUUUGUGUACAUAAAAAAUAGAUUAAUUUUUAUUGUAAAUAAUCAUUUUUUCCGACAAUCGCUUGUGUGCUAUGCUUAUGCACGACUAGCACUAUCAUUCAAUAGAUCGUUAAUACAAAUGGAACAAAUGUUUUGUUUUUUCUAUGUACCCAAAUCAUAAUUAAAAAUGAUUUCCCGCCUUUAUGUGCCAUUCUAGUUAUGUCAAUGUCAUGCAAUAUUUGAAAAUAAUUAGAGUUACUUAAAAAUACAAUCAUUAGCUACAAUAUUUUUUUAUCGUGUUCCUUUGUCUAAAAUUUUACAAGUAUUUGUUGUUUUUUAUUAAAUUUUUCAUUCCGUUUAAGUAGUUCACAGAUUUGAACCAAAAUUAUUUAAUCGUUUUUAAAUAACUUUUUUAAGGCAUGUUCAACAUGGUUGAAUUUUAACGCUAACCAUUUAUUCUGAAUGUGUGUAUAGAUUCAUAAUCAAAAUCGAAAUGUAAAAACAAAUUUGAUCUAGUUCAUAAAUUCACUUAUAAUAAUAAGUAAUUAUGUAUAUUUGUAAUCGUCUUGCCAUAAUUUAAAACAAAUGAUCUUCGUCUUUAUUUUUGUAAUUAUUUUAAUAAUUAGUGUUGCGCUGAUAGUACUAUAGCAUUAUCAGUGUAAUAAUUUAUGUUAUUAUAGGAUUUAUUGCUAUUUUUUAUUUGUACAUAAUAAUGUUUACCAGAGCCAAAUCAUAUAUUUUUUUGUCGUUUAAAUUUCUUUUUGAUGCUUACGUCAAUUUUUUUUUUUGUUUUUAUUUUAAACAUAAUGUGAUAUAGUUUUGAAUUUGUAUACCCCAAACGUAAUACAUAAUUAUUAUAACGUAAAUAAUGUACAGCUAUUAUUAUAUUAUUCAUAAAUUAUUAUAUAUAAAAACAUACUUAACAUAAUAUUAUAC